UAAAUAUGAUAGCAUUCUUAUUGUUGCUUGGAGUUUAAGGUUAAUAUCUUCCCACAAGUACUGGCUGUUAGGGAACAGAUUAUUUAUACAAAGUUGGAGAACUAUCUUUCUGUUUUACUUGUUAAAAAGGAUGUAAAAGCUGUUGUGAUCCAUUAUUGUGUAAUGAAUGUGAAGACAGAUACAGAUUUAAUUCAACCACUUCCACUUGCAUAAGAUGUCCAGUACUUAAAGAUUUCAUAUUAAGGUUAACUGUGAAGUAUGUGAACCUGAUGGCUUAUUUUCUAAAUGUUCAAAAUGUGAAACAGGAUAUAUCAAAUAAGAAGAUGGUAGUUGUAAGAAAUGUGGAGAUGAUUGUGUGUCUUGUUCUUUGGCAGAUUAUUGCUCAUAGUGUGCAGAUGCUUUCUAUGUAGAAAAAGGAAGUAAUAAAAAAUAAUUAUGAAUUUGUAUAGUUUGUAAGGAUUGUGAAUAUGGAUGUAAAAGUUGCACCAAGGUUGAAGAAUCAGUAUUUGUUUGUGAUACAUGCAUUGAUAGAUAUUAUCUAGUUGGAGAAAAGUGUACAAAAUGUCCCACUGGAUGUCUAAAAUGUGAUGACGAUUUUACCUGUACUAGUUGUGAAGAAGCUUAUGUCUUGAAGGAAACUAAACUAUGUGAAUUUUGUACUCCAAAUUGCAAGAAAUGUUCUGAGAAUACGUGUACCGAAUGUUAAACUGGUUAUGUCUUAACGACUGACAAUUAAUGUCUAGGUUGUCCAGAUAUCAAUUGCGAAAGUUGUCAAUAAAAUGAUAGAACUAAAUGUACUAAAUGUGCCUCUAAGUUUUAUUUACUUAAUUAAACCUGCAUUGCUUGUGAUAUCAAUUGUAAAUAAUGUGAUACUCCAGGACAUUGUGUUGAAUGUAAACCAGGAUACUUUAUUAAAAAUGGAGUUUGCUCUGCCAAUUCUAUCAAAAAUUGUUAAGUAUAAAAUGAAACUGCAUGUCUUACUUGUGAAAGUGGCUAUUAUAUUAAAAAUGGUGCAUGUAGUCCUUGCGGUGAUAAUUGUUUAUCAUGCACGGGACCUUCAUUUUGUAAUUAGUGUGCUACUGCUUAUUUUUUCAAUGGAUUCUCGUGUCAAGGAUGUGGUACUGGUUGUGAAAAAUGCGUGGAUUCAAACAUAUGUCUUAAAUGCACUUAUGGGUAUAUAGUAUUUAUAUGUUCAAUUAGUUUUUAUGUAUCAAAGGGGGUUUGUGAAAGAUGCAUAGAUGGAGUUUGUUAAUGUUAAAUUAAAGAAACUAUGAUAGAGAAUUAGAGCCAUUAAAUCAUAGUUCUGAUGUUGUUAUUAUUAUUGAUAUUGUAAUGA